ACCAUUUUACCCUCAUAAUCUUUGUCUCGUAUAUAAUUCACCCACAAACCCUAGUUUCAGCUUAUCACCCGCCUCAAGACUCUUCAGCAGAUCGAGCAAACAUCAAAGGGGAUGGCGCCGCCGAACACAGGAUUAGCCGUGGGAUUAAACAAAGGACACAUUGUAACCAAGAAGGAGCUAGCUCCACGCCCUUCUGACAGGAAAGGGAAAACAAGCAAAAGAAUCCACUUCGUCAGGAACCUCAUCAGAGAAGUCGCUGGAUUUGCUCCAUAUGAGAAGAGGAUUACUGAGCUUCUUAAAGUUGGCAAGGACAAGCGUGCAUUGAAGGUAGCCAAGAGGAAGUUGGGUACUCACAAGAGGGCAAAGAAGAAGAGAGAGGAGAUGUCUAGCGUUCUCCGUAAGAUGAGGGCCACCGGAGGUGGUGAAAAGAAGAAGUGAAACCUUUAUCCUUAUUUUGACAAUUGAGGAAUUGAGUUUAUUAGUUAUUAUACAUUAUCUUUUUGAAUUAGCUAUGAAAUUCUCUAGACUCUCUGUGACAGCUACUUAUGGCUUUGAAUUUUCAUUAAGAUUGUGACAUUUUGCUCAA